UUUGCAUUUUCUACAUGGUGGGUAUUGCUGGUUUCAACUGUUCACCAUGGAAAGUCAUUCUCCUUAUCUUGAUGAACAGAGGCAGCAGCCACUAAGAAUCUACUUCAUCCCAUUCCUCGCAGCCGGUCACAUUCUCCCUCUCAGCGACAUAGCAAGAGUCUUCACCGCACGUGGCCACCACGUGACCAUCAUCACUACCCCCUCCAACGCCCAAAUCAUCCGCACCUCCACCCCCCACCAUCCCAACUUCCUCCUCCAUACUGUCCCCUUCCCCUCCCAAGAACUAGGACUCCCCGACGGCAUCGAGAACCUCUCAGACACCUUCGACGACGACACCUUCAUGAAGGUGUUCAACGGUAUGGACACUCUCCGUGAGCCCAUUGAACACUUUCUGGGCCGCCACCCACCCGAUUGUAUCGUCGCUGACUUCAUGUUCCCGUGGGUGGAGGACUUGGCCAACAAGCUCCGCGUCCCAAGGUUGGUCUUCAAUGGCUUCUCCCUCUUCGCCAUCUGCGCCGUCGAGUCCUUCAGGGCACACCCCGUCCCUCCCGAUGCUUCCCCUCCCUUUCUCAUCCAUGACUUCCCUCACUCUGUCACCAUGAACGCAACCCCACCAACGCUUUUAAGGGAGGUCCUAGAGUCGAUGUUUGAGGCAGAGCUCAGAAGCCACGGCAUCAUCCUCAACAAUUUCGUGGAGCUCGACGGAGAAGAGUACGUCCAGUACUACGAGAGAACAACGGGGCACAAGGUCUGGCAUCUUGGCCCUGCGUGUCUUCUUCACGGAACCGCUGAAGAAAAAGCGGAGAGAGGACAGAAGAGCGUGUUGAGCGUUCAGAAGUGCAUGAGCUGGCUCGACUCUAAGAAUCCAAACUCUGUGGUCUACAUAUGCUUUGGGAGUCUAUGCUGCUUCCCGGAUUGCCAGCUGUACGAGAUAGCAUGCGCGGUGGAAGCAUCGGGUUGUGAAUUCAUAUGGGUGGUACGGGAGAAGGAGGGGAAAGAGGAGGAGGAAGAAAUGAAAGAAAAGUGGCUGCCAAAGGGGUUUGAGGAGAGGAAUUCAAAGAAGGGACUUAUCAUAAGAGGGUGGGCCCCACAGGUUUUGAUAUUGAGGCACUCCGCCGUGGGUGGGUUUUUGUCUCACUGCGGGUGGAACUCUACUGUGGAAGCCAUCAGUGCUGGGGUUCCGAUGAUAACAUGGCCAAUGCACUCGGAACAGUUCUAUAAUGAAAAACUGAUAACUGAGGUGCGCGGGGUUGGAGUGGAGGUUGGUGUAGACGAAUGGAGGUCAACUGGCUAUGGCCAAAGAGAGAAGGUUGUGGGAAGAGGUCGCAUAGAGGUGGCUAUAAGGAGGUUGAUGGAUGGUGGCAAUGAAGCACAAGAAAUCAGAGUGCGCGCUCAAGAGCUUGGGAAGAAGGCUAGAGCUGCUGUUCAAGAAGGUGGCUCAUCCUUUAACAAUUUCACAGCCUUGAUUGAUGAGCUUAAACGUUUGAGAGAUUGCAAGCAUGUGGAUUGAUCAUCAGAGCAGAUAAAGAUAAAGGGAAGGAUAGGUACACUAAAAUCAACCAUCAAAAUCAAUCACUUAUAUAAAAUAUAUUUUAAAAUAUAAAAAAAAAUUAAAUCAUACAUAUAUUUAUAUAUAAAUAAAUUAAUAACUAAAUAUAAUAAUUAAUUUUAAUGUAUGAAUAGCAUUUUUUAAAAAAAAUUAGUCUACAAAUCUAUCACUAUCUAUUUAUUAAUAUGAACUUUCAUAUUUUAAUAUUUAGUUUUAUAUCCAUACCUCUCGUUUAGUUGCUUAUUUUUAAUGUAAAAUAUAUUAUAUUGAUUAAUCAUACCUCAAUUUUAUAGUACAUAUUAAUUUAUGUCUAAUUUUUAUUUAAAUUAUCUUAAUAUUUAUGUUUCUGCCUCAUAUGAGAUUCUGAGAUAUAGCUCGUUCCAGAGAGCAGUUCUUUGUUUAGCCUCUUGCUAUGAGUUGAGCUAUGAUCUCUGUCCGUUCGACGUUAGAAUCGAAACUAGAGACCUGCAAAAAAGAUUUCGAUGCUCAAAACAAUAUUAAAUCUUAAAAGGCCAAACUUAUCAAGUGGGGAUCUCUCUUAGUAUUUGAUGAUCCGGUUACUUAUGUUUAUUCUCCAUUUAUUAUUGUGAUGUAAUCGAUCUUAGUGUUUGUGUAUCAAGAAUCGUGGUUCCUUCCGCUGAAGUCCAAGAUUUUCUUUAUAAAUCAAAAACCUAUUCCGAAGUGUAACAUUGUGGUACGAGAUAAUAGAGAUGGACCAGAGCCCCCAAGCUUGACUUGAUAUAGAUGCCGUGAAAGCAAGUUAAGCUUUCCUUAGGAACAUUAAUGUUAUACUUCGGUUUGUGUCCUGCUAGCUCCCAAAACUUAAGUUGCGGACGUGGCAUCUUUUUCGAAUUUGGGUUUAGAAAAAGUUUUAAUGCUUUUAGAAGAUGUGUCUCGAAAAUUACAAUUCGUGUAAUAAUUACCGUCAGUUAGUUUUUUCAAGAAUGCAUCUUGUACGUUGAUUUUUGAGUUGUAACUGAAACGUUUGUUUGAUGAAACGGUGUUGAUCGCUUCUCCAUUUUUCAUCGUGCAGUAGUGGAACUAUUUGAUUUGGUUA